GGAGAGUUCCAUCUUUCAACAAAACAACAUCUUAAUAAAAAAAUGCAUAUUUUGUACAACAAGUUUUACGUUUAUGUUGGAAUAGGUUCCUAUACACGUCCACAACACACAUAUGCUCAAAGAUGUAUGACUCAAAUACGAAGAUUUAUUCCAUUUCUCUUCUUAGAUUAUUUUUCAUUUGAAAUGGUAUCAGAGCUUCCGCGAUCAUCAAUUCUGCUAUCAAAUCCCUAAAAUUCAUCAUCUCUUUAUCGUUUCUUCAUGGAUUCCAGCGACAGUGAAUCCGAACACAGUCAUCAUCAACAUUCGAACCAUAAUCAUAAUCAUCACAACGACGGAGAUGAAGUAAAUCCUCUAUUUCUUCAUCAUGCUGAAUCUCCGAGUCAAUCCUUAAUCAACCUAAAGCUUGAUGCUCGAAACUAUCACCGUUGGAGCAGAUUGAUGUAUGUUGCACUAUCUGCGAAGAAUAAGUUGCCAUUUAUUGAUGGAACUUUAUCCAGACCUGCGAUCAAUGAUCCGAACUAUUUCAAGUGGAUGAGAGCAAAUCAUAUGGUAAUUUCAUGGAUAUCUAAUUGUUUGUCACCAGAACUAGGAGAUUUCACUUUAUAUUCUGAUUCUGCUGUUCAAGUUUGGAAGGAACUGAAACGUAGGUUUUCCAGAUCUAGCAACAAUCAUAUAUACAUGCUUGAACAGAGUUUAAUUGCUACAAAACAGGAUAACUCACCAAUUAGUGUGUAUUACUCUAAACUGAAGACAUUAUGGGAUGAAAUCAGUCAAUAUGAAGAGUCUGCUGUGUGUACUGUUGAUAAUUGCCCUGUUCUAAUUGAAAUGAAUAGAAGACUUGAACGAAAGUAUGUGAUGCAAUUUCUUAUGGGACUGAAAGAGUGUUUUACUUCGGUGAGGAAUCAGAUAUUGCUGAAAGACCCCCUACCUCCCAUUGAUAAUGUGUUCAACUUGGUUUUGCAAGAAGAAGCAAAUCAAGAAUUGAGUAUCUCUAUUGGUUAUCAAAAUGAUUCUAUGACUAUGGCAAUGGCUGCUCAAUCAAAUCCAAACUACAAUAGAAACAAAACUGGAGACAAAUCAAGAUACUACACAUAUGAGGGAUCUGAACAACAUGGACACAAACAGAAAAUUUGCACUCAUUGUAAGAAGACCAAUCACACAAUUGAAAACUGUUUUGAACUAAUUGGAUAUCCACCUGGACAUAAGCUUGCUCGUUUCAAAUCUCAAAUUGGUCAAACAAGUGGAGGAUGGCAGAAUACAAAUAAGAACAUUGUGAAUGCAGUUAUGCAAGAAGAACAACUUGAAGAAUCAGGCAAGGGUUCAAUUAGUUUGACUCAAGAGGAGUAUCAACAGUUUUGUUCUCUUAUCAAAGGUGGUAUUAAUCUGGCUUCUGCGAGUAAUGUGCCUCAUUCCAAUCCCUCCAAUGUUUCAUACCCUCCAAAUAAUCCACAUCUCUCAAAUCAGGUUGCAUCUAAUUCUUCUUUUCAGAAGUCAGGAAUCCAGCACCUUGAAAGUGAUUGGGACAGCUGAGCAAGUUCAAGGUUUAUACUACAUAGUCCAAGAACCAAAUAAAUCCAGUUCUGCUGUAAAUAAAGUCUUCAUAAACAACAUUGUUUCUUCUCAUACAUGGCAUAAACGACUAGGACACCCCUCCCUAGAUAGAAU